GAGGUCUACCCUCCAUCGGUCACUUAGCCCCUCUGUAUUUACACUGUACGCCAGCUGUUACCCUGAUUUCAGUGAUAAAGCGUGACAUCGCCACGUGACUGCGCUCGCCAAUGUCCUCAUACAACACAUUCAGCAUCAUGGCUGCGGAUGCUGCGGCUGCUGGCGCUCCGACCUGCAUCCUGCGACCCGGUUCCCUGCCUCUGCUCCUCAUUUUUGCCAUUUCUUUGCCCGCAUCGGCCCUUGGGCUGCUCGGAUUCAGGCCGGAGGACACAGGGGGAGAGCUGUCCGUAGAAGACGGGGUGCUGAAGGCGACUGAGGGAACACGGUUCAGACUGCGUGUGUACUAUGCAGCAUCCCAGCAGAGACUCAACAGAAGUGUCAGCGGCAGAGCUGGGGAUGCGGCUACAGCGCCGUGGAUCGCUUUCAUUGAAGAGCCAAGUCCGGGCAGAGAGGGACAGGUGCACCCCAAACGGAACCUCUGUGUGGACAAGAAUGCCAGGACAACCGAUAUUGAGCUCUUGGGCUCUUUCAAGUCCGCAUCCAGCCAGAAUUCAAUCCUGGUGGAGCUUCUCGCCAAGGACCUGCGCAAAGGUGAGAAAAUCAAAUAUUAUUCCAUGUGUGCCUUUGAUGGGAUCAAGUGGGAGCACUUCAGGACUAGAGAUUUCUGGCUGGCAGUCGUAGAACGUUCUCCAGAGCCCGACGUCUGGCUGCAGGUCAUCGUCUCGCUGUUACUCCUGGGUUUUUCUGCCGUCUUCAGCGGGCUUAACCUAAGUCUGCUGGCACUGGACCCAGUGGAGCUCCGGGUGAUCCAGAACAGCGGUACCGACAAGGAGCAGAAGCAUGCCAGGCGGAUACAGUCCGUGCGAAAGCACGGCAACUACCUGUUGUGCACCUUGCUCUUGGGCAACGCCCUCAUCAACGCCUCUCUGGCAGUCUGGAUGAGCCACAUAUUCGGAGUGACAUGGGUUUCCAUUCUGGCCUGCACCGUCGGCAUUUUCUUCGUCGGGGAGAUCCUGCCUCACUCUGUCGCCUCCAGACACGGACUCGCCAUCGCUUCCAAGACCAUCUGGGUGACGCGGCUGCUGAUGCUCAUCUCUUUCCCCAUCUCCUACCCCAUCAGCAAGCUGCUGGACGCUGUCCUGCACCAGGAGAUCAGCAGCUUUUACACCCGGGAGAAGCUGCUGGAGAUGCUGCGGGUGACGGACCCCUACCACGAUCUGGUGAAAGAGGAGCUGAACAUCAUCCAGGGGGCCCUGGAGCUGCGGACGAAGACCGUGGAAGACGUGCUGACCCCGCUGAACGACUGCUUCAUGCUGGCCUCGGACGCCGUGCUGGAUUUCAACACCAUGUCAGAGGUCAUGCAGAGCGGAUACACCCGGAUCCCGGUGUACGAGGACGAGCGGUCCAACAUCGUGGAUAUUCUUUUUGUGAAAGACCUGGCUUUCGUGGACCCGGACGACUGCACCCCCUUGAAAACCAUCACCCACUUUUACAACCACCCCCUGCACUGUGUGUUCAACGACACCAAGCUGGACGCCAUGCUGGAAGAGUUCAAGAAAGGUAAAUCUCACCUGGCUAUUGUGCAGCGGGUGAACAACGAGGGAGAGGGCGACCCUUUCUACGAGGUGAUGGGCAUUGUCACCCUGGAGGACAUCAUUGAGGAGAUCAUCAAGUCUGAGAUCUUGGAUGAGACCGACCUCUACACUGAUAACCGCAACAAGAGGAGGGUGUCCCAUCAUGAGAGGAAGCAACAGGACUUCUCCCUCUUCAAGCUGUCAGAAAAUGAAAUGAACGUGAAUGUCUCUCCCCAGUUGCUCCUGGCCACACAUCGAUUCCUGGCAACAGAAGUGGAGCCCUUCAAGCCCUCCUACCUCUCUGAGAAGAUCCUCCUCCGCCUGCUCAAGCACCCCAACGUUGUCCAGGAGCUCAAGUUUGAUGAGAGAAACAAGAGGGCGGCACAGCACUUCCUGUAUCAGCGCACCAAGCCUGUCGAUUACUUCGUCCUGGUUCUGCAGGGCCGUGUGGAGGUGAAGAUUGGGAAAGAAGCUCUGCGGUUUGAAAAUGGAGCGUUUACCUACUACGGUGUUCCUGCCAUCGUGCCAGCCCUUUCCUCAGUCCACAGGUCCCCCUCGCGCAGCAGCGGGCUCAACCACUCCGACUCCACGAUCUACGGCGGCAGCAUGAGCCAGCUCAACACCAGCACCACCACCUACCUUCCGGACUACUCCGUCCGCCAGCUCACCGACCUGCAGAUCAUCAAGAUCACACGGAGUCACUACCAGAAUGCUCUGACAGCCUCGCGCAUAGACAGCUCCCCGCAGACCCCCGACACCGACGCCCAGAUGAAUGAGGACAACACCCCCACCCCCGAGGUCCCCGUGCCCGAGGCUCGCCCCUACAGCAUCGCCCUGCCCCUCCCGGAGCCCCGUCUGAGCGCCGCGGCCCGACCCCGUCCGCACGCCGGCGGCACCCAGCACAGCACCACGCUGCUGAACGAGAAGAACCGCAUCGUCCGCAGCAAGUCGGAUGGCCAGAAGAGCCCCAGCGAUUCUGUGUUCCUGCGAAUGGACGACAUCCCCUACAUCAAAGAGGACCUGACUGGUAAUGGGAAAUACGCAGACAGAGACGCAAUUCCUGAUGGAGCAGACCACCCCACCUCCCCCUUCAUCAGCAGCCUGUCUCUGAGCGGCUCUGACGAGACCCUGGGAAAGAAACUCCUGAGUAAACUCAGUGAGUACCGGCUUCCCACUUUACUGGUGUCACAGUUCCCAAAACCUGAACACGCAGGGAAAUGGAUUUCUUUCAUUCUCUCUUCAGCAAAUUCGAAUUAAUGUGACGUAGAAACAAAAGGUAUUGGAAGCUUACUAGUUGUAACUUGCCUGGCCGGAGGAAGUGGUCAGAAUCCCCCCUUACCUUUGUGAGGAAUGAGCCAGGGAGCUGCUGCAAGAGUGCAAAAGGAUUGGGGGGAGGGAUGCAAGAAAGGUGCGCAUAAUGCUUCUCAGGAGGUGAGUUUUAAUCCAGAGGAAAGCAGACUGGGGCAAGAGAAUAAAAUUUGAUCUUUGACAACUUUCUGUUUUAGGCAUGAAAGGUUUUUGUGAACAAUCAUUCACACGCCGUUAGAGAUUAAAUGUCAAAAUGUUUGAGAACCUAAUACAACUAAGAAUUGUUCCGCAGAGGGGAAUAUUGAGCUUAUUCAUUC